UUACCCUUGAAGUUUAAUCGGGAGACAAUUAGUUAAUUACGAGUUUACCUUUUGUACCUUUUUCUAAGGUUAAACAGUUAUGUUAAUCAACGUAACGAGUUAAUUGUACAACGAAAAGACAAAGAUAAUCAUAUGAAUUUAAUUAUCUUUUCGUUUUAUAAUCAAUAAAUUUGGCUCAAUUGUCUUGAAUCAUGAUUGACGCGAGAUCGUCAAGUUUAAUUGUUUGAAGUGAAUAACAUUGGGAAUUUAAUUAACACAGUUAACGAAGUUAAUGAGAGUUACAAUUAAGUAAAUUGUUUGGACAUUUUUGUUUUCGGUGUUGUGUUCAAUUGCAAAUGGAUUUUAAACUCAAUCUUGCACAGAAAAGACAAUCAAAUGAGGAAAGAUUCAAGAAAAUUGUACCAGUUAAACAUGGGUUGACAGUAUUAACGACGGUCUUGUUUGUCGCCGGUGAAAAUGCUGGAGCCGGAAUUUUGGCCUUACCAUAUACACUUAACGGAACCGGAUGGUUGGGAGUUCCAUUGAUGAUAAUGAUCUGUAUUGAUGCGACAAUUUCUGCCACGUUGAUUGGUAAAUGUUGGAUAAUCCUGGAGGAACGUUGGCCGGAAUAUCGAGUUCAAUGUCGCAACCCUUACCCAGAGAUCGGUAAAAUGGCUUUUGGAAAGAAAAUGGGAUCUCUAGUCACUUGGCUUGUUCAAAUUGCAUCAAUUGGAUCGGCUGUUGUUAUGCUUUUGGUUUGCUCACAAUUAGUAUCCGAUUUGAUUGAUCGGUCACAUACACUUUCUUAUGGUGUUUGGAUUGUUCUUAUCGCUGUGGUCAUUUGUCCACUCAUGUGGCUUGGUACACCAGUUGAAUUUUGGGGAGCUGCCGCUUUAGCAUUGGGCACAUCGACCAUCGCAGUUAUUUUAUUACUUAUUGAUAUGGUCAAAGAUCUGAAAGCUUUGGAAACUAGUCCUCAGGUAUCGGCACCAACAGCCACAUCAAUUUCUCUUGCCUUUGGUACUUUUAUGUUUGCCUAUGGAGGUACAGCUCCAUUUCCAACUUAUCAAAAUGACAUGAAAGAAAAAGAUAAAUGGCCUCAAGCGGUCAUCAUGGGAUUCAUUAUUCUGUUCGUAUUGUUUACCCCAUUUGCGAUUAUUGGUUAUCUUGCCUAUGGUUCAUCGGUUUCGAAUAAUAUUAUUCAUUCAGUUCGACCUGGUCUAAAACGCGAUAUUGUCACAAUUCUAAUGGCUGGACAUCUUUUCUUUGCCUUCUUAUUGAUGAUCAAUCCAUCGGUCCAAGACAUUGAGAAUAAGAUUAAAGCUCAAAGAACAUUUAACUGGAAACGAGUCGCAGUCCGAAUCACGAUGUUACUUGUAUGCGUUUUUAUCGGUGAGUCGAUUCCUCGAUUCGGAAAAGUAAUGGACCUUCUUGGUGGAUCCAUAAUGACCUGUUUAGCUUAUAUAUUUCCACCAUCUUUUUUCAUCGCACUGUCAUCGAAGACCAGUCCUUUAUGGCCUGACAGGCGAAUAUCAUUCUGGGCUCGAUGUUACUAUUAUAAGAUCAUUCUGAUGGGUAUUAUCGGAGGUAUUUGUGCGACAACUUCAGCAAUUUACGCAAUAGUUUCUCCGGAUGCAUUUGUAUCACCCUGUUACAUUGAUUUCGAUUGUACCUACGAAUCUCGAAGUAGUUUGACCAUUGGUACGAACUUGAGUUCCAAUAUUUUCAACAUCUCAUCACCAUUGACAAUCAUUAACCAAUAGAUUGAAACUUUUGUAGUAAUAAUAAUUGGCUCAAUCUUUUUGUAUCUGUUUAUUAUUUCUGUGAUAUUAUUCAAUUGUAAGGUGAUUAACAAAUUGUCAUCAACAAUUAACAAAAUGUAAAACUUUUUCUGCUCAAAAAACAAACAGGCAAAAUACUGAAUCAAAUAUGAUCAUUCACUUUAAAAGUGUUUGUGAAUAUUAACUUGAUUAAUUAAUUGUAAUAUUAUAAGUUGACGCCAUUUAAUACCAAUUAAAGUUAGAAUUAAGAACAAAACAAUUAAUAUAUUAAUCAUACAUCUUAAUCAUGUAUGUCAAUGGGUUUUGGUAAAACAAUUAACUAAAUAAAGUGCACGACAAAAGUUUAGCAA